CACACGCAUACUUUUUCGCCUUUUUCGAGUACAAACCUGAAUCAACAAAAACAAAGACGCAAUAUUUUCAUUGAAGUUUAGCCAAGUGCAAAGAAAUUUUUCAAAAGGGUUGGAUUAUUUUGUUUUCCUGGUGAUUUGGUAUAUUUUGAAGUUCCAGAAUGGCAGAAGAGCCUCAGGCUUCAUCGUCCUGCACCCGGUCGGUUUGUCCGGUGUGCGACAAGCUGUUCCCAAUGGCUGACAUCGAGGGCCAUGUCGAUCGGUGUUUGUUUUUGAAUUCAACCGAUCCUAACGAUGCGGGGCCGGUAGCGCCGCCGGAAUCAACGAACGGAACUCCUGAAAUCGUUGCCAAUGGAAGGGAAGCAAAACGAAGCUUCAGCAUUUUUAACAAGAGUCCGAUUAUUGCUAAUCAGAAACGAUUGAGGUCGGCGACGAAUCAGAAUGGAAACAAUGGACGGAUUCCGAUGAGCGCCGAAGAGAUCGAGAAAACAGUGAUUGAUCUAUCGGAUGAAGAGCGAGAAAAUUCACAGCAGAAUAAGAAAGCCAAAAGAAAAGUUGUGGAAGGAAACGAUGAUAAUAUUCCGCUGGCGGAAAAAAUGAGACCAGACGACCUGAGAGACUACAUAGGACAAGAGCAGAUUAUUGGAAAAAACACGGUCUUGAGGACGUUGUUUGAGAAAAACACAAUACCCAGUAUGAUCUUCUGGGGACCCCCGGGAUGUGGUAAGACGACGUUGGCACAUAUCAUUGCAACUCAUUGCAAGCGACAGGAGAAUAUGCGUUUCGUCAAAUUGUCCGCAACGAUGAGUGGGGUAAAUGAUGUCAAAGAUGCGGUCAAAGUGGCAAAGAAUGAGCUGAGCUUCAAACGUAAGACGAUCAUGUUCAUGGAUGAGAUUCAUCGCUUCAAUAAACUGCAGCAGGACAUAUUUUUGCCUCACGUGGAAAGUGGCACCAUCACGCUGAUUGGAGCCACUACGGAGAACCCGUCAUUCAGUUUGAACUCCGCACUGCUGAGUCGUUGCCGAGUGAUCGUACUGGAGAAGCUGGGUGUUGACGCGGUGGUGAAGAUUCUGGAGCGCGCACUGCCGCAGUACAAAACUGUGAUGUUUAUGAACAAUAAUAGUGUCCCUGACAUCCUGAAUUUACCUUUCAUUCCACGAAUGAUGAUCAGCGCCGAAAGUAUUCGGUGGCUAGCGGAAGUUUGCGACGGAGACGCUCGCAUUGCACUCAGCAGUCUUCAACUGACCUUGAAUGCGGCCUCAGUGCGACAAGAAAAGGAAGAAAUGGCCUUGAAACGAAUUUCGCUGGACGAAAUCAAGGAUGGUAUCAAGAAAUCCCAUCUAUUGUAUGACCGGAAAGGCGACCAGCACUACGAAUUGAUCUCGGCCCUGCACAAAUCUAUACGUGCCUCGGAUGACAACGCAGCCCUCUACUGGUGCACCCGGAUGCUGGUCUCCGGCGAGGAUCCCCGCUAUCUGGUGCGUCGAAUGAUUCGAAUGUCAAGCGAGGACAUUGGACUUGCCGAUCCGAAUGCGCUGACGGUGGCCACCUCUACCCUUUCGGCGGUUCAAGCCGUCGGAAUGCCCGAAGCGGACUGCAUCAUAGCGCAGUGCGCCGUAUAUCUGGCCCGAGCGCCCAAAAGCCGCGAAGUGUACGACGCAUUCAACCGGUGCAAGGGAGCUAUCGAGCACCACAAAGGCCCCAUGCCCAGUGUUCCGCUACAUUUGAGGAACGCUUCCACCAAGCUAAUGAAGAACCUCAACUACGGAGCGGGGUAUAAUCUGCUGCAAAAGGGCGAAUCCGGUUUGCAGUAUAUGCCGGAUGGACUGGAGGAAGAGUAUUUCUUUUCCGAUUAAUUGGAUUUUGUGAUCAUUCCUUGAAUAAGUUGAAUUGGAAGUAAACAUUUUAUUUUCGUUAUUGAAACUUGGUUUUAUUGAGCCAUUUCACGUUCGGGCGGGGUUUUCUUUUUUAGUUACCAGAUGGUUACCUGAAACAAAGAGAGACAUUUUUCGUUAGGUACUGUUCAAAUGAAGUCAAUACAAUGAAUAUAUACAGAA